AAUUAUCAGUUACAUAAAAUACAGGCAUUUCCUAUUUACAACUUAUCUUUUACUCUCGAAUUCUUAUUUCACUUUGAAAAAGAGUGCAAAUAGCAAAGAAAACAUGCAAAGAAAAUAUAAUAUAAAUUAGUCGUCCACGUGGGCUUAUAAUUUAUAGAGACAAUGGUUCAAGGAGAGAUAACGUCUGUAGUGUCGAAUAACGUAGGAGCUGGCAAGAUGAUUUUUAACACAUUGAUCUUUUAUGUCAACGGUAAAGAGGUAGUAGACGAGAACGUCGACCCAGAAUGGACUUUAUUAUGGUAUUUACGAAAUAAACUGCGUUUGACUGGUACAAAACUUGGCUGCGCAGAAGGUGGUUGCGGUGCUUGCACCGUGAUGAUUUCAAAAUUGGACCGGCCCACAGGAGUCAUUACACAUUUGGCAGUGAAUGCAUGUUUGACACCGGUUUGCGCGAUGCAUGGCCUCGCGGUGACCACCGUCGAGGGUAUCGGAAGCGUAAGAACGAAACUGCAUCCGGUUCAAGAGCGGAUAGCGAAAGCGCACGGUUCGCAAUGCGGUUUCUGCACACCUGGGAUCGUUAUGUCUAUGUACGCGUUACUUCGCGCCACACCGAAACCGAGUAUGAGAGAUCUCGAGAUCGCGUUUCAAGGGAAUUUAUGCAGGUGUACGGGAUACCGUCCGAUCAUAGAAGCUUAUAAAACAUUCACGGAAGAAUGGGAAACGAUGCAGUCAAUUUCUAAGGAUAAGGAGAGGUCGUUGACGAACGGGGGAUGUCCGAUGGGUGAAAAUUGCUGUAGGAAAGUUCGAAUCGCGGAGCCUACAGAAAUUUUCGACUCGAACGAAUUCCAUCCAUACGAACCCACGCAGGAAAUCAUAUUUCCUCCUAAAUUACAUGUCUCUUCCCAUUUAGAUGAGCAAUACUUAGUGAUUAAAGGCAAAAAUGUAACGUGGCAUAGGCCGAGGAACCUUGAUGAAUUACUUCAAUUGAAAGCUCAAUAUCCGAACGCAAAGAUCGUCGUAGGAAAUACUGAACUGGGUAAAAUUUAUUUAAUAUUACUAAAACGAUUUAAUAUACAGAGUUUUCCAGAAGAAGAACCGAUAAGAGGUGAUUCUGUAAGUGUUUUUAAAUUAUUAACGUAAAACACUGACCAAA